AUGAAAAUCCCAUGGUUGGUGGUGCCAUUUUUACGAAUAAGGGUAGAGAAGUAUCGACCUCAAAAACUUGAGGAUGUAAUUGGUAAUAAAGAAGCCAUUGAUCAUUUCAAAAUUUCUCAAUCCGGGAAUAUUCCAAACCUUAUAAUUUCUGGACCUCCGGGGACAGGAAAGACAACAAGCAUUUUGUGCAUGGCUCGGGAGUUACUGGGAGAUUUGUUUAGCCAAGCCGUCCUUGAAUUAAACGCGUCUCAUGAACGGUACUGUAGUAUUUUAUUUAGAGGGAUUGAUGUUGUGAGGAACAAAAUCAAGGAUUUUGCACAGAAAAAAGUAAAUUUACCAGAAAACUUACAUAAAAUGAUAAUCCUGGACGAGUCUGACAGUAUAACAAGUUCUGCCCAACAGGCCCUUCGCCGAACAAUGGAAAUAAACUCACACCACACUCGGUUCUUCUUUGCUUGCAACGACUCGAGCAAACUGAUCGGCAUGCGUGAAAGGAUUAUUAAAUUAGAGCCAAUCCAGUCACGUUGUGCCAUCGUCCGCUUUACCAGAAUGUUGGACGAUGAGGUGUAUCAAUGCGUCCAAGGAGUGGCAGAAAGGGAAAAGGUUUGCUACGACCAGGAAGGUCUCCGAGCUCUGGUUUUUUGUGCGGAUGGAGAUAUGAGGAAUGCGAUCAACAACCUCCAGUCUACCGUGAUUGGUCUGGCCGAUGUCACAGCCGAUAACAUUUGUGAUGAGCCUCGACCUAGUCUGGUCAAGGAAAUGUUGGAUGCCUGUGUGUCUGGACGAAUAGACGAGGCUGAACGGAUUCUCUACAAAUUCCUGGAAAUGGGCUAUUCUGGACAGGACAUAAUAUCCAUGUUGUUUAAAGUCUGCAAAAUACAUUCCGGUUUGAAGGAGGCAAUUCAAGUCAUGUUUAUGAAGGAGAUUGGAUUACAACAACUUAGGCUGUCUUCGGUAGGACUCGACUCGGAAAUUCAGCUUUCAGGGCUAUUGUCGAAACUUUGCCUCACUAAGGAAUGUGAACAUUGA